GUUCCUCCAACACUGUUACUUGGAGGAACUGAUAAACGGCGGACAGUUUGGUGUGUUUGUUUGAAGAAGUCCGCUGUGUCCAUUCUAUUUGUGUAUUGUGUGUGUACUUUUUUUUUUUUUGUAUUUUCAAUAAAUAUACUUGCCCCUUAGUGAGAAUGUUUUUGCUUUGAGUUCAGCCCCAGAUGCGAUAGGGAUUGAGAGUGUGUCUUUGGUAGAUGAUUAGCCUCGAGCCUCAGUCAGUUGCUAAUCGGACGCUUUCCCGGACGGUUCUGGCAGCCUGGUGAAUCCUUCAAGACUCGGUGAUCUAUUCUAGAAAGAAAUUACAAGAAAGCACCAAUAUGUCCCAAAAGUUCGACAUCGACACGGAUCCACCGUCCGAGGAGCUGCUCGAGUUCGCCCGGAAAGAACUGCGCGAAACGCCGGAAAUCCGCGAGGCUGCCAUCCUGGAACUGCGCGCCCUGCUCAAGGAGGCCACCGAUCUGCACUACAAGGACGAUGACGAGUUCCUGCUGAUCUUCCUGCGUCCGUGUCACUUCUACCCGGAAAGUGCGCUCAAAAUGAUGCGUCGCAUCGCCGAGUUCAAGAAGAGCAACCACAACCUGCUGCACAACCUGAUGCCGGAGGACGAGAAGCGGGCCUUCACCGAGCACAACGUGGUCAACGUGAUGGCGAACCGCGACCAGAAGGGACGCCGCGUGCUGCUGGUCAACUGUGGCCAGCUGUGGGACCCGAAGGCGGUCAGCUCGGAGCAGCUGUUCCGGCUGUUCUACAUCAUCCAUCUGUUGGCCCAGCUCGAGCCGGAGACGCAAAUCAACGGCGCCGUGGUCAUCAUGGACUUUGACGGACUUGGCAUGAAGCAGGUCAAGGCGCUGUCGCCGUCCUUCUCGAAGCUGCUGCUGACCUUCAUCCAGGAGGCCCUUCCGCUGCGACUCAAGGAGGUGCACAUCAUCAAGCAACCGUUCAUCUUCAAGAUGGUUUGGGCUCUGUUCACACCCUUCAUUAAGGAGAAGCUCAACAAGCGCAUCUUUUUCCACGGCAACGACAUGCGCAAGAUCCACAAGUUCAUCGAUCCGGAGUAUCUGCCGGGGGAUUACGGCGGUACACGCCCCUUCAUGGACUACGGAGGCCGCAACUGGUUCCCGUGCGUGUUUCGCCACAUCGACCACAUCAACGACUGGAAUACGUUCGGCUUCGUGGACGAUCCCGAACUGCAAAAGUACUGGAAAUAGAGGCGAUUUUGCGACCUUUUUUUCUUCCAAUAGAAACACUCCACUACUUAUUAAUCGUAGCUUAGAAAGCAAUGUAAUCUUCUUGUAGAAGCUUUUGAAAUUGUAGCAAUUGUAGUAUCGUAGAAGUAGAUAGUAUUCAAAUUUUCAGGUUAUUUGAAGAAUGUAGUAUAAAAUUGGUAUUACAAUUGGAUUUAAAUCUCGAGCAACUGUCGAUGCAAAAGUAUUAUUUUUCAAACAAAAUUACAAAAAAUAUAGACUGAUAAAUGAACGAUUCACUGAAUAAAGUAUCGUAGUAAACCAUGAA